AUGGCCUCUCAGAAGCCCCAAGUCGACAUCGGGCAAGGCUUUGUCAACUACCUAAGAAAACAAGCACGAUCUAGACAGAAGCCUACCGUCUGUAGUGUUUGCAAUCUAGAUCUGCCAUCAGUCACCGAUCACGUUCAGUUCGAGGCUCACAUCAAGACUGUUCAUGGCCAACUUUACAACAGCAAAACAUCAGAUAAGGAAAAAGAGGACUGGCUGAAUGCCCAGUGGAAGGCAUCCCAGCCUACAAGUAUAAGUGAAAGAAACCCAGGUAUCGACGUUGGUUCUAAAUCCCGAAAGGCUGCCCCUGGAGAUACCAACCAGCCGUCAAAUUGGGGAAGCAAUGCCGGCCAAGAUUCGGGCAAUGUGGCGCAGGCGCAGCCAGACCGUGCUUUCCGAACAAAGAGUCCUUCCCCCAGCAACAAAAGAGAGAGCUCCCGUAGCCAGUCUCCCCCCAAGCGCUCCAAAACUUCUGGCCGUCAGGGAGGAGCAAGUGGGAUGACGGAAGAUGCCCGUGCGGAGUUUGACCGAGGACCAACUCAAAAAGGAAUGCUGUGGGAUCCCCAAAAUGAUACAACCCGAACUCGCACUCAGCCAUACGACAAGCCAUACGACAAGUCGAACGUUGCCACAAGCCACAAGUUACCUUUAGCUGCUUCGCAGGCCAAGCCCCGCCGUCAGAGCCAACAGUCCCAGAACACGCCCUCUUCUGGUCGAACCCCUGCUCAGUCCGAAGAUAUGUCGCUUGGUUUCCUCAAACAGCCCGAGACACGCGCUAUUUCCCAGGAGCAACUUGUCACCGAAGUCAAAGGGAUUUAUGCGGGCCUUGUUAUGGUCGAGAGCAAAUGCAUCGAGGUCGACAACGCCCAGAAUGCCGAAACAGAUCCGGCCAACAAGCCCAUCAAUCAUGAGCAAUGGCAGGCUUUGAUAGCCCUGCAUCGGACCUUGCUGCACGAGCAUCACGACUUUUUCCUUGCUUCACAACAUCCGUCUGCGAGUCCAGCACUGAGACGAUUGGCCGCCAAAUACGCCAUGCCAGCCAGAAUGUGGAGACACGGGAUUCACAGCUUCCUUGAACUGUUGAGACAUCGUCUUCCGGGGAGUCUUGAGCACAUGCUUACGUUUAUUUAUCUGGCAUACUCUAUGAUGGCAUUGCUAUACGAAACUGUGCCUGCAUUUGAAGAGACGUGGAUUGAGUGUCUCGGGGAUCUCAGCCGUUACCGGAUGGCCAUCGAGGAGGGCAAUCUUCGUGACCGGGAGAUCUGGACUGGGGUUAGUCGGGAUUGGUAUUCGAAGGCUUCCGACAAGUCCCCCACCACCGGACGUCUCUAUCACCAUCUCGCCAUUCUUUCGCGACCCAACGCAGUGCAGCAACUCUACUACUACGCCAAAUCCCUUUGCGUUGCAAUCCCCUUUGGCUCAGCUCGUGACAGCAUCAUGACGCUCUUCGAUCCUGUUUUGGGGCCUGAUUCAAGUCGUCAUUCAAGAUUGCAUCAUAUUGAUCUGGCAUUCGUCCAGACCCACGGUGUGAUGUUUAGUGGUAAAUCUCAGGAGAAGCUGGAGCAAUAUAUGGGGAAUUUCUUGAAGCCCCUGGAUGACCACAUUCAAGUUUCAGGAUAUCAGUGGCGUGAGCCUGGAUACCACAUUGCAAUUGCAAACUGCUGUGCCAUUAUUGGUUGGGGUAAUGAGAAAAACCCAGUUUUCCGAGCCAUCAAAGCAAAGGCAACCGUCAGUGAUGAGUCCCGUGACCAAACUAUGACUGGAACCGAUGGAUCGGAAGUAGACCUACAGCUCGUAACAGCUCUGAGGUUGGCCAACCGGACUCAUGAUGUUGUCUUUAGACAACAGGACGACCUUAACAUCGUUCCAUAUCUUCAUGCGACUCUUGCCUUUGUCUACCAUCUAAUCUCUCUCCCAGAGGCCAUGGUCCAUUUGGCGCCAGAGUUCCCCUGGCAACUGGUGUCCUACCAGCUGAACUCCUUGCUUCGGGAUUAUUCGGCAUUUGGCCGGUUUGAAAGUGACCAGUUCCCCAGACCGGAAAACGAAGAGGUCCCCCGUCCUCUACCCGAGGACUUUGCCAUGCGCGGCCUUCUGUGGGCCGAGAGCUACUUCCCCAGCGACUGGUUCUCAGAAGACAAGAUCAUCGAUGAUGAAAAGUAUUUCGAAUCGGCUUCUCUCUUCGAAGAAAGAAUCACACGCGUUCUGUACUUGGGCUACAGAAUUGCCAUGAAGGGACAGGGCAAAUGGCUUCGAUAUGAUAUGAAGACUCAUCGGUUCGGGGUACACCCACAGUAUGAGCUGGAGUCUCACAGAGGAGGCAGAGAUUACGGAGAACUGCCUGACGCUGUCGCCAACCCUUGA